AUGGCAUACCCUACCACUACUGCCCCAGAUCCCCGGAUAGGAAUGGAGCCGAGAUACACUCCGGAAUACGAGCGCAGUAGACCGCAACCCACCAGAGAACGAGACCCGCAUCGUCGGCGUUUCUGUCUUGUGCAUUACAUAAAUUGCUUCUUCUCCAUUAUGGUCCACUGGAUGGAUGAAAAAUCUCUUUUUUCCUUUGCCGCUCUGGACUGGGUCGAAAUUCCUGGAACCUAA